CUUCCGAGUGAACGUCAUCAAAAAUGGCUGAACAACCGUCUAAGGCUGAUAUUACAGCAAUUUUCAAGCGUUUACGUUCGAUUCCGACAAAUAAGACAUGUUUUGAUUGUAACAAUAAUAACCCAACAUGGGCAUCAGUGACCUAUGGUGUAUUUUUAUGUAUCGACUGUUCAGCAACACACAGAUCUCUUGGAGUACAUGUUACUUUUAUCCGAUCAACACAGUUAGACACAAGCUGGACCUGGCUACAGUUACGGGCUAUGCAAGUUGGCGGAAAUGCUAAUGCACUUGCAUUUUUCCGACAACAUGGAUGUACCACAGCAGAAGCUCAACAGAAAUACAACAGUAGAGCUGCUGUUUUAUAUAAAGAAAAACUGCUCGGAUUGGCACAGCAUGCAGUUAGACAGCAUGGAACCAAGCUGUUCUUAGAGCUGAAGACUGACAGCAAAGGAAACAAGCUUCACAUUGAUGCAUCUCAUGGAGAAACCACCCCAGUCCAAAAAGAAGUGGAUUUUUUCCAUGAACAUACACAAGAAACUGGUGACUGGACUCAGACAACUAAUAAUAGUAUAUCAGAAACAGCAAGAUUAGGCAGUACAGCGCCAGUACCUAUUAAAAACGGAAAUGGCUCAUUAAAAGAUACUCCAGAUUUUGAUCCUAAUGAGGGACCUAGUGUAGAAGCAGCUCUAAAUAUGUCUCCAACUCAAGCAGCAGCUAUAGCAGAACCAAGAAAAUCUUUAAUAGGUGGUAAAAAAACAAAAUCAACAGCAGCCAGAAAAGGGAAAGGAUUUGGUGCCCAGAAAGUGAAAACUAAUUUUAAUGAAAUAGAAAACCGAGCAAAUCAGUUAGAUAAAGAAAGAGAAGAAAUUAGUAAAAAUAUGGCAAUACAAGAAGCUAGAACAGUAGAAGAACAACAAAAACAGAUGGCAUCAAUGAAGUUAGCAUAUAAAGAUAUGGAUGCUAAAAGACUCAGAGAGGAGGCAAAAUUGAAAGCAGCCGAUCCUAAAAAAGCUGAACAAUUUGAAAGACUUGGUAUGGGGUACGCUGGUAGUAGAGGUAUCAGUCAUUCCGCUUUAUCAGAUAUGCAGACCAUUGAACAGGUCAACCCAAAUAACAGAGAUAGAUAUGAUAGUCGACCAAAACCUACUAGAAACAGAGAUUUCUUUGAAGAUGAAUUUGAGAAUCUAGGAUUUUCUAAUUCAAAUUCCUCCAGAUCGAAUAAUGAUAGUUUAUAUGGCUCAAAGAAAGAAGAUUUUAGUAGUUGGGGUAAUCAGAAUAAAGGUGGAUCAUGGGAUAUAGAUAGAUUUGAUAGUAGAGACAGUAGAGAUAAUGUUACAGAUACCGUGUCACAAAAAGAUGAUGAUAGCAAUAAUAGUACUCCAGAUGAACCAGAUAAUAACUCAAGAUCUGGUCGAAGUCGUAAAACAUAUGAUAUAGAUUCUUCUUCGUCAGACGCAGCACAAAAGAAAUUUGCUGGUGCCAAAGCAAUCUCAUCAGAUAUGAUGUUUGGAAAUAAAGACCUUGAUUUUGAAACUAAACAGAAUUUAUCACGAUUGGAAGGGCGAUCUGGUAUUUCAAGUGAUGAUUUAUUUAAUGAUGGAUCCAGCAGAAGUCGAAGUUCAGCAAGAAAUAAUAACUCGUAUGAUUCAACGCCUGAUUUACAAGAUAUAAAAGAUGGUGUACGAGAUGGUGUAACUAAAGUUGCAGGAAAACUUUCUAGUUUAGCAAAUGGUGUUAUGUCAAGUCUACAAAGAAAAUAGAACCCUACUUAUCAUAUAUAGUAAGAUGGUGAAGGACCGUUAUGGAAGUUAACAAAGUUCUAGAAGUAUUCUUCAAUUCCCGUACAGUUUAAAUCACUCCACAAGUCCUUCUUGGGCAAAUAAACUAUGUAUUCAACAAGUUUUAAUUAAAAAAAAACUUUGGGUAUGGGACAGGAACAUAUUUAAAUUGCACCUAACAUUUUUGUUAAGACAAUCACCUGGAGGCAUAGGUGAGAUUCAGCAAAGUGACAUGAAUGUGAUAGUAAUAAAAAAAAAUGUUGAAAAAAAACCGAACCUAAUUCUCAUGAACCAACAGAUCAUACACUGUCUUUCGAUAUUAAUGAGAUUCACUAAAAGAUGUUAACAAAAUUAUAAUUCUUUUUCUUGACCAGUUUAUUUGAGCAUAAAAUAUUUAAAAUCUAGACAUAGCUUUAGUCCCAACAGCAUUUUGUAUGUAGACAACAUGUAGGAGAGUAUCAUUUAUUUUAUACCAGUGCUCUCCCUCUAUAAUUUUUAUGCUGUGAUAUCAGACAGAAAAAUAUAAGCACUUGAGUCAGGAGCUGUUAUUUAUAGUCUAAUAGUAGUCAGUCAUAAAACUUAUGGGGGAAUUAUAAAAAAACAUAUAUUACAGUAUUUGGUAACAAAUAUGUUAAACCAAAGCUGACAUCUUUAUUCUGAUAGACAUUUCAUUUUUCUUAUCUCCACUAUUUGUGUGCUAAUGGAUGAAUUCAUACAGAAUCUGUCACACCGUUGAAGGCAGUCAGGGCAAUCUUGUUUUAUUUUUCUAUGAGCAUGAUCUUGAUCCAAAAAAAAAAAAGAAAUUGUGAUGAAUGUAAUUUUGCCUCAUGGAGAAAUAAAUAUUAAUAAUCAGCCAACAGCAGUUAGAUUUUAUUUAACAUCUCCAUUCAAGAUUGUGUUUUUUUGAAAAGAAAUGUAAUAUUUAGUAAUGAUGUUAUUUAUCAUGGUUUAAAACCACUAUCUUUACAACAAUUCAAAUAAAUUCCUAUUGCAUAAAAUAUCAUUCUAGCCAAGCAAUUAUUGAAUAUUACUGUUAGGUGUAUAGAGUUAGACUGGAAAGAAAAAAAAAGACAUAGAUAACUAUGAACUGUAUAUUUGUGUACAUAAUGUCAUUAAGCUAUAUUUGUGUAUGUAUAUCUCAUAGAAAUAUUUCUGUUAUUUGUUAUUUAUGGGGUUUCUAUUGUAUUAAGGGUGCAUUCAUGCUUUUGAAUAUUUAUUUCUAAAAUACAUUUUAAUGUUAAAACGACUGUAUAACUCUGUUCAUUAACCUUUUAUCAUUAGCUUCUGUGAAAUUAUUAAAAUGUUUCUAAAGCAACUAGAUCAUAUGACUGACAAGGUAUAUUAUUCAGUAACUUUUAAUACAUACUAAAUCUGAAGGGAGUCUUUUUCUAUGUGAAAUGUAUUAACUCUUUACAUGUGUUGAUGUAACUGAUAUGAAAGAUGAGUGUGAGAUUAUAUUUAUUAUCCUAAUAUUCUCAAAUGGAAAUCAAACAUUAGAAACAAUAUCAUGGAAAUCUUCUCUAAAUUGAAAUGCUGAAAGAUUUUAGGUUACCCUACAUGUAAAUAUUGAUAGAAUAUAUUAGAAUGACAAAAUUGUAAAUAUUAUUUUGGUCAUAUUUCAGACACAGUUGAUAUUAUACAGAACAGUCUUUAUUUUCAUGCCCUUCACAGUAUUGGUCAUCAAUCUAGGGUUAUAAUAUACUGACAUCUAAAAGAAACUAUAUCAAGACUUUUAAUAUAAUUUUAAAGUAAAAUAGUUGUACAUAGUUGAAAAUUGAAAUUCAAAACUUGAAUAAAAUUUAAGUCAUCAAAUAUAUAAGAUGUACAUGGGUGAUAUAUUUAACCAUUGUUUCAGUGUCUUUAUCCAAAUUAUAAUUUUUUCUUGGUGUAGUUUUUUUUAGACAUAAUAUACUAAUGUCCAAAAGAAAGUAUACACACUGAAAAUAUGACUAAGAUUUAUUUUGAUUAUAAACAUUUGAAAAAAUUUUACUGAGUUUGUCUCUUGCAUCCAAACUCAAUAUUUCUAAGCAAAAUAAAAAAAGCGAAACAGAUUGACCUUGUACCCAAAUGCCGCAUACGAUGGAAAACAACUUUGGUUGAUGCAGCAUGAAAUGCACAGUGUAUACUUUCUUUUGGACAUUAGUAUAUAUUGAAGUUUUAUAAUUCUGUCACAGUGUAUACUUUCUUUUGGACAUUAGUAAUAUUGAAGUUUUAUAAUUAUGAAUACAUGUAAAUCCAUUCUGUAUGAUUUGUCACCAUGUGAAAAUAAAAUCAUUUCAUCUCUUUA